CCAUCUUUUAUGUGGAGCUUCCGGGCUUUGCCGCUGUCUCCAGCUGCUCCUCUGAUUCCUGGGUUGGAUUGUGCUUCCCUGAAGCUAAGCUGCCAGAGUGCCAUAUGCAUCUCCAAGAGUAAGAAAAGAUGGAUAAAUCUCCGGGGUUGGUGUCAUUUGAGGAUGUGGCUGUGAACUUCACCUGGGAGGAGUGGCAGGACUUGAAUGAUGCUCAGAGGACUUUGUACAGGGAUGUGAUGCUGGAGACCUACAGCAGCUUGGUGUCAUUGGGGCACUGCAUUAGUAAACCUGAGGUGAUCCUCAAGUUGGAGAAAGGAGCAGAACCAUGGAUUAUCAAAGAACACCCAAACCGGAGCCUUCCAGAUGUCCAGAUAGUCAAUGACCUAAUUGAGAGGAGCCAAGAAAGUCAUGGUAGAUAUUUGUGGCAAGGUGUAAUCAUCAAUAGCAACCAAUCAACUGAGGAGAGAGUGGAGUUAGGAAAAUCAUUUAAUACUGCUGGAGGCAUCCCAACUUUCCAGGUAUAGAAGGGCCCUUAUUUGCUGCAGCAGGGCGUGGAGGUUGAAGUGAGCAGUGGGAUAAGGAGAGCAAGAAAUGUUUAGGACACAUGAAGACACAUCGAGGUGCUUGUGCACAGAGGACGACCAUGGGAAGAUGAAGUGAGAAGGUGAACAUCUGCCAGCCAAGGAGAGAGCCUCAGAGAAGAUCAAACUUAUCAUCACCUUGAUCUUCAGCUCACAGCCUCUAGAACUGUGAGAAAAUAAAUUUCUAUUGUAUCAGCCA